AGUCUCCCUCAUUGAGAUUGAGUCAGUAUCAAGCAGAACGCCGCUGAGGAAGGAUCACAGUCAACAGUGGUUCAUUACUGUCAUUUACCAACAGUGAACAAGGAAAGGUGUGGCCUGUGUGUGUGUGAGGAAGACAGUAGCUGAGGAGUCAACACAGGAGCCGUCACGUACGCUGGUUGUAAAGGAGCAACAUUAUGGCUGUUGGUGUCAACUACUGCUGCACCGUACUCCUUAUACUAGGUAUGGCCACCAUUUGCCUGACGCAGAAGACACACCUGAAGUAUCACCUGCAACACUUGACGGGCGAGCGUCACCCCGCCUCCCCGGACACCCAGCAGCUGUUGGAGGCCCGCUCCUACAUCAAGGACCAGUUCCGACAGUAUGACCUCGAGUUGGUCAUCAACCACUUCAACACAACUGUCGUCAUCAAAGGCCAGGAAAAAACGAUUACGGGUGAAAAUAUAGUGGGCGUGGCCAGAGGAGACGCAGACGAUAGUGUGCUUGUGGUGGGAGCGGACUACGACACCACCCCCCAGCAGUCACCUCUCGAGAACAAUGGGGGCGGUGUGGCCACCAUGCUGGAGGUGGCCAGGAUGUACAUGAACAGCACCGGACCAGGGCGAGAGCUUAAACGACGUGGUACAGUGCUCUUUGUCGCCUUCGAUCUCAAUACCAUAGAAUAUGCAGCAGCUCAGCCCGACGAGCGCUACGGCCGCCCUGGAGCCUACUACUUCCUGCACCAGUGGUUGUGGCCCUUCCUCAACCAAUCCUCACAGAAGUUUGUAGGGGCCAUCAUCCUCGACUCCAUCACGAAAUUCAACACAAAGAAAAUGUCCCAGUAUCUUCCAUCUGGAUUUGAGAAAACCUUCCCGGCUGCACACGAACGCAUAGCUUCGAUGGGUAACAGGGGGGACUUCCUAGCCAUGUAUACCAGAACAAGCCGCACCAGCCAUCAUCUCACCUCCGUCAUCACCGCCAGCUAUAAUGAGGGUUCCACCAAGGCCAGUCCACCGAGGCUUCAAGAGCUGCCAGUGGUCAGCGGAGCGCCCGCCAACUCCGACACCUUAAGCAUGUUCAACCAUCAGGCACACUUCCACUUCUGGACCUUCCAACCCUCGGCAGAACCUUUGCCGCUAACAGCCGUCCUCCUCACAGACACCGAUAUAUAUAGGGGAUCUGGGGAAGUGUGUGGGCCACCGUGUUCAGCCAAGGAGUUCCUCACACCCAGCCGUCAACUCGUUCUCUCCCAUAUCGCGUCAACCCUUACCAACACACUACUCCAACUGCAGACUGAACAAGGCAUUAGUGAUGGCAGCACAGGUGUGGCUCUGGUGCCCACCCUGGCCCUCACCUCCUCCUUGGUGGCACUCAUGCGGCUCCUACACUAACCUCACACCUCCACGCUGCUGCACAUAACUCCUGCGUACUAUAGGCCAGGUUACCUCUAGUCCAGGUCACCUCCAGGCCAGGUCACCUCCAGUGGGCCCUCCAGGUAUCAAGUGUGUGUGUACUGUAUACCAAGAAAAACAUGACCCACCCGUUCCACUAAGGCACACUGGUUAUGGGACAGUACCUCGCGUCGUUUAGUGACACAUGAGAACACGUCGCUCGUACUGUGUGUGUGUGUGAUCACCGGAAGCAAAGUUCAAGUUUUCUACACAACAAUGACUGGGACACACACACACACGGUGAUCCUGAUGAUAUUGUUGCAACCUCUCAUCACUGUCUCUUCUCAAUAGUUCAUGUGAAAUGCAUUGUUCUCAAAAUAGAAUACAGUAAGGAUUCGUAUUAUUAUUAUUGUUGUUUUUAUUAUUAUUGUUAUAUUAUUGUUAUUAUCAUCAUCAUUAUUAUUAUUAGUAGUAGUAUGUAUUUUCAGGAUACUGUAUAUCUCAUGCCAUAUUCACCACCCUUAUAUCAUAGCUUAAAUGAAUCAAUUUAGAGAUUUUCUUACACAUCAACACGAAGGAAAACUCGCCUCAUUAACCUCUGGGUAUACCUGGCCUGUGUUCGAGCUCCGAUCCCACGUGCAUGAGACGUCUCGAGGACUCGCACUCAGUACUGAAGCAACAUUUCGAAGCCUCAGUUCACCAGCUGAUUGUGUGAUCGGUGUUUAAGCUCCCCAUAAAUAAAAACAAGGUUGUGUUGUGUUACUUGACCACCUCCUUCACCGAUCGCGCAAGAAAUACUAUAAAGACAACGCUGGCACAAGGCUGGCGAACGUAAGUCUGGUGUUUACGGUCUUUAGUCGGUGGAUUGUGAGGGAUUUGCCAGAUGCUGUUGUGUUGUGUCAAGACUGUGUUGAUGUACUGUAGUGAUGGAGAGUGUCAGAAGACUUGUGUUACUCCUGACUCUAAAAUUAUAAUCAUCGCUCAACAUAAGAAUACUAAUAUCAACACAAGCUGGUGUACAGUCGUGAACAGAAGUCCUGUCGCCCCUUGUGCUGUUCCGCGAAUCAAGAGAUUCAGACUCAUGAACCCGAAGCAGUAGAUACUGGUGCAUUAUUCUGCCCAUAAAUGCUUCGGAUUCAUGAGUCUGAAUCUCAGGGUUCGUGGAGCAGCAGAAGGGGCGACAGGACUUCUGUUCACGAGUGUACCUAUAGUGCAAUAAUGUUUAAGGAGUUUUAUUUCGUGCUGAAGGAAUAUAUAAAUCCUCUCAGAGUAAAGAUAAUAUAUGAAUUUUAUAUUAGAUGCCAAAGGAUGUAGGUGUUAAGGUGUGUAUCUGUCACCUUGCUUAUAUAUUUACCAUGUUUUAAUGUCUUAUAUUUUAUGUGUUGAGUUUAUAUGAAAGAUGUAUAUGUUUGUACGCUAGUCUCUCUCUCUCUCUCUCUCUCUCUCUCUCUCCUUCCUUCAAAACAUGAUGCUCACAGCUGAUCUCUCAAUUGCCAGGAUAAGCUUAGGGUGUCUGAAAAAAUGUACAGAUUUUUCGCGGAGGUGACAAAAAAAAAUAUGUUGUUUGUUUACAUAUUUCUUUUUUUUUUUUUAGAUACCUUACAAUAGUGUUUCUCUCCAAUGACGUCACAGUAAAAUGUUCUUCCUUCGUGUUCUUUGUUCGUAUCUGUUCUUCAUUAGUAUUACAUUUAUUUGUUGUUGUUCAUUCUGGAAAACUUAUUAGUAAGUAAUUUUGUACAGCAGAAAAUAUGUAUAAUAGUCUUUUAAGUUAUGUUAAUUAAACGCCAUAACGUAUUUUAUUUGUACAUUUUAUUAAUUAAAGUCAUUAGUACACAGGUAAUUACAAGGUGA